AUGGACCAUCGAUCGACUUAUAUGCACUCUCAUGGCAUGUUUCGCUUGCUCCCUUGGCCCUCUGCAAUAGGAGGGAACAAGGUGAUGGAGGAAGUCAAGAUGCUGGCUCCGGCCAACUGCACCACCUUGUCCUCAACCCCCAAACGCAAACGGUCUGAUUCUAUCGCCGAUGCGCCCGCCCCGACAAAAUUGUGCACCGAGUCCACGCGCCCGCCCGUUCUUGCGACUGACUCGCUUCCUCCAACCCCGUCAACUCCUUCCAACCUCGCCCCUUCAAAUCCUCCGGUCGCAUCGCGUCAACCGGCGCAGGACGCCGCCCCCGGUGUUGCCCGACUUCGGGAAACCAUUUCCGCCCAACUGAGCUUGGAAGUGCUACUCAAGCACAACGAACUCCGUCUCAUCGACCAAGAGAUCGCCAAGUGUCAAGUCGCUCUGGAACAGUUGCGACGAUGUGGCGAAAUUCCCUUCCCGGGCUCCCAAGCCGGCUUGUCCACGGAUGUCAGCUCCGGCACGGGCGCCUCACUGCUGGUACCUGGAAAUGGUCCAGCAGUCUCGCCGGCCCCGUGGGGUGUCACCGACGGUCCCUACGCGCGACACUACGCCCAGUGGCUGCUGCCUGAUCCACGCUUCGACGGCGACUCCGGAAUGCUGGCUGGCGCGGUUCCAGAGGGUCGCUCAACGCGUGGUAACCCUGAUGUGAACAUGUUCGCGUCCAACUCGCGUCCUCAGCGCGGUUCAACGGGUGCGAAGCACACAGCCCUGCCAAGCGGAUACCCCAUGGUGAAGGAGAAAUCUGGCCCUAUGCUCAUCCGACGCAAGUCAGAUGGCGUUCUGGUCAAGUUGGUCUGCUUGGAUUGCCGUCGCGACAACUUCUCCAGCACCCAAGGAUUUAUCAAUCACUGUCGCAUCGCGCACAACCGCAACUUUGCGAGUCACGAUGCUGCUGCCAUGGCAUGCGGCCAAUCUGUUCAAGUGGACGACUCUGGCCUCGUUGUCGGCGGUUCGGCAGAGCCAACCGCCAACCCAACAACCCCAGGCUACGUUCACCCUCUGAUUCGCUCGGACGCCGCUUCCCCCUCCAAGGCGCUUCCAACCCCUGCCAAAGACUUUGCUACUCCCUCCAAGCCUAUGGCAACCCACGCCUCGGUUGCCACGCCUCCUGCUACUGAACCCACCCGCCGACAAUCUGCGCCCGUGAGACUGCCUCCCAAUCCAAGCUUCUUGGCUUCUCCUGCCACCCCUCACCUCUCCGCCCUCGCGAAGUCUCGUGGCGCUGGCCUCGACAUGAGCAAACUGGUGCAGGAGUUCCAGCAGCCCGUGGACCUAGGUGCUCUAUCCGAUGACGAAUUCGACACGGACGACAGCCGACCUCAAAUCCAGGAUGUGGGUGCUCGCGCCGGUCGCCAGCCCAUGCGCAUGCCCGCUGGACAAGCUUCUGAGCCCGAGAGCCGAAAGGCCCUCGAUCGCGCUCACCCAAUGGAGGAAUCAACUCCUUCUCGGCCCCAUUCCUUCCUGGACAUUUCCAUCGCCGGUAAAGCUCAGGCUCUAGAGGCCCACUCUGGUCUGGACCACGCCAACCUCAGUCCCCACGCCAUGGAAUCCAACCAGGCCCCCAGCUUGGUCAGUGACGAUGAAGACGAUUACGAGGCUGCUUCGGACUCCGAUAGCCCUCCUUCCUCUGAAGCCGAUGAGGAAGAGCAGGCUUUCCGCCACAUCCAAGUUGAGGACGACGACCGUGCUGCUGCUGCGCCUACCACCACUGAGGCAAAGCCGGGCCCUUCUCUCGCGGGCCCUGCUCCCCAACCCGGACCCCCGGUCCAACCUCUCAAGCGCUCGCGUUCUAAGAAGAUGGGAAUGGCAUUUGACGACGAACGUGUCGGCUAUGUCCACCCUGAUCAAAAGCGUGACCGCAAACCUUAA